AUGAACACAUCAUUUGGCUCAGUAGUGCCUUCCACUAAUUUCAAUUUUUUCAAAGGGCAUGGAAAUAAUGAUAACACUAGUGCCAAUAGUACUGUUAACAACAGCAAUUUCUUUUUAAAUAGCAAUGAAACGAAACCUUCGAAAAAUGUCUUCAUGGUGCACUCUACCUCUCAAAAGAAGUCGCAGCAACCGUUACAAAAUCUCUCACACUCACCUUCCUACACGGAAAAUAAACCAGAUAAAAAGAAAAAAUAUAUGAUAAACGAUGCCAAGACCAUUCAACUUGUAGGUCCACUGAUUUCCUCUCCUGAUAAUUUGGGAUUUCAGAAGAGAUCGCACAAAGCAAGAGAAUUACCAAGGUUUUUGAUUAAUCAAGAACCUCAAUUGGAGAAAAGAGCUUUUGUACAAGAUCCCUGGGACAAGGCUAAUCAAGAAAAAAUGAUCUCAUUGGAAGAAUCCAUAGAUGAUCUCAAUGAAUUGUAUGAAACACUAAAAAAAAUGAGAAAUACUGAGCGAUCGAUAAUGGAAGAAAAAGGGCUAGUGGAUAAAGCUGACUCAGCAAAGGAUCUUUACGAUGCUAUAGUAUUUCAAGGUACCUGUUUAGAUAUGUGUCCCACAUUCGAGAGAUCAAGAAGAAACGUUGAAUAUACUGUGUAUUCAUAUGAAAAAAAUCAACCAAAUGAUAAAAAAGCUUCUCGAACUAAAGCAUUGAAGGUCUUCGCGAGGCCAGCAGCAGCAGCAGCUCCUCCUUUACCUUCUGAUGUUAGGCCACCCCAUAUUUUAGUCAAGACAUUGGACUAUAUUGUAGAUAACUUAUUAACAACAUUGCCUGAAAGCGAAGGAUUCUUAUGGGAUAGGAUGAGAUCCAUAAGGCAGGACUUUACAUAUCAGAACUAUUCAGGACCUGAGGCGGUAGAUUGUAAUGAGCGUAUUGUUAGGAUACAUCUUCUGAUCUUGCAUAUCAUGGUGAAAUCAAAUGUGGAAUUUUCGCUUCAACAAGAACUAGAACAAUUGCAUAAAUCCCUUAUCACGUUAUCAGAAAUAUACGAUGACGUUCGUUCCAGCGGCGGAACAUGCCCAAAUGAGGCUGAAUUUCGAGCUUAUGCUCUCCUGAGUAAAAUAAGAGACCCUCAAUACGAUGAGAAUAUCCAAAGAUUACCAAAACAUAUUUUCCAAGAUAAAUUAGUUCAAAUGGCUUUAUGUUUCAGAAGGGUUAUAUCUAACUCAGCUUAUACUGAACGCGGGUUUGUUAAAACUGAGAAUUGUUUAAACUUCUACGCAAGGUUUUUCCAGUUAAUGCAAUCACCCAGCUUGCCAUUAUUAAUGGGAUUUUUUUUGCAAAUGCAUCUGACGGAUAUUAGAUUUUAUGCGCUAAGAGCUUUAUCACAUACUUUAAACAAAAAGCAUAAACCAAUACCAUUUAUUUAUUUGGAAAAUAUGUUACUCUUUAAUAAUCGGCAAGAAAUAAUUGAAUUUUGUAAUUAUUACUCAAUUGAAAUCAUAAAUGGGGAUGCAGCCGAUUUGAAAACAUUGCAACAUUAUUCUCACAAAUUGUCAGAAACACAACCUUUAAAAAAAACAUACCUUACCUGCUUAGAAAGGAGAUUACAGAAAACUACUUACAAGGGUUUAAUUAAUGGCGGUGAAGAUAAUUUGGCUUCUUCGGUUUAUGUGAAGGACCCAAAAAAGGAUAGAAUACCUUCUAUCGCAGACCAAUCUUUUUUAAUGGAAAAUUUUCAAAACAACUAUAACGAAAAGUUGAACCAAAACUCAUCCGUUAAACCACAGAUCAAUACCUCUCCAAAAAGAGUUGCAACGCGGCCCAACCACUUUCCUUUUUCACAGGAAUCUAAGCAAUUACCUCAAAUAUCUCAAUCUCAUACUUUAUCAACAAAUCCUUUAUUAACGCCACAGGUUCAUGGAGACCUAUCGGAACAGAAACAACAACAAAUUAAAACCGUCACAGACGGAGGCUCCCCAUUUGUUUUUGAUCAAUCAGCACAGAAUUCUACGGUGGAAGCUUCCAAGGCUCAUAUGAUAUCCACGACCAGCAAUGGUGCAUAUGAUGAGAAGUUGAGUUCAGAGCAAGAAGAAAUGAGGAAAAAAGAAGAACAACGAAUAGAAGAAGAGAAAACUCAAUUGAAAAAGAAGCAAGAAAAUGCGGACAAACAAGUAAUCACUGAACAAAUUGCAAAUGACUUAGUAAAAGAAGUGGUAAACAGUAGCGUGAUUAGUAUUGUUAAGCGUGAAUUUUCAGAGGCUAAUUAUAGGAAGGACUUCAUUGACACAAUGACCCGUGAACUUUAUGACGCAUUUCUUCAUGAAAGGUUGUAUCUGAUAUAUAUGGAUUCUCGUGCUGAAUUGAAAAGGAAUUCCACUCUAAAAAAAAAGUUCUUUGAGAAAUGGCAAGCAUCUUAUUCUCAAGCAAAGAAGAACCGUAUAUUAGAAGAAAAAAAAAGGGAAGAAAUUAAACUCGUAAGCCACCAAUUAGGAGUACCAGGUUUUAAAAAAUCUACAUGUUUGUUUAGAACCCCGUAUAAGGGUAACGUAAAUUCAUCAUUUAUGCUAUCAUCUUCAGAUAAGAAUCUAAUAUUUUCACCUGUAAAUGACGAGUUUAAUAAGUUUGCGACUCAUUUAACCAAGAUUUCAAAACUUUGGCGGCCGUUAGAGAUGCAAUCAAUCUAUUAUGAUAACCUUACGAAAAAGUUCCCCUCCAAUUCUCUUACUCCGGCAAAUUUAUUCAUUUAUGCGAAAGAUUGGACAUCACUCUCAAACCGUUGGAUCUUAAGUAAGUUCAAUCUGCAAACAGCACAGGAUUCAAAAAAGUUCAGCAAUAAUAUUAUCUCUAGCAGAAUAAUUUGUAUUGAUGAUGAAUAUGAACCAUCUGAUUUUAGUGAUUUGCAAUUAUUGAUAUUUAAUACAGGUGUUACGAAUCCAGAUAUAUUCGAUUUGGAGAUGAAACUGAAAGAUGAUGGUGAAGAACUGAUAAAGCUAAUCACUGGUAUUUCUCUAAAUACAAAUAUAUGCUUUUCCCUUUUGAUUAUUUAUUGGGAAUCCGCAGAAAAUACUUUAUCGGAAAGUACCAUUAAACACUUACUAAAAUUAAACCGAAUAUCUAAAAACUAUAGUAGUGUUAUUGAACGCAUUGACUUAAUGAAUCUCACCGAAGAAUCCCCUCAUAAGUGUUUAGAGGACAAAUUAUCUGAAAUAUCACAUUCUUAUGUGUACAAGUUGACAGAAAGGGGAAAAUAUGAUAAAACACUUCGUCAGAAAAGGUCAUUGGCCGGCAUUCACUCACGUAGCACUCAACUACAAACUACAAAGGACAUUGAUCAAAAGAUGAAGAAAAUGCUGGAAAAAGAGAAAAACAAGUACCAACAACAAAUAGGCGAAAGGAACACCUAUGCGCAUCUAGAAUCGCAUAUAGAUGCAUCACCAAGAAGCAAGAAAAGGAAAUUGCCAAUACUCCUGUCAACUUCUCAUUCGAGCCAAUUUAAAACUCCUCUAGCUUCUAGAUUAAACACCUCUGGUUCGUCUACUUCACCACCUUUACCAUCUCAUUUGGCGAUGAAAUUCAGGAAAAACUCGAGAGUUACUAGUUUACAUACCGUAUUACCCGUUAGCACACCAAGCCAUAGUAAUAACAUACCAGCUGCAAGUUUUAGCGGGAAUAACACCACCGAUAUACAGUCCCAACAAUUAAUCGAAAACCAGAAGAGUACAUCUGUAUAUUUGAAUAACGUUUCUGAAAGGAUUCUGGGAAAUCAAGAAAUAUGUCAAACACCAAUUAAUCCUGUUACUCCUGUGCUAGAUGGGGCCGAUCAAGGUAAGGAGGACAUUCCUGAUAGUAUAUUAGAGCUGAAGAUCUUGAUCGAUUCUGUCAAGAAGAAAGUAAAUAAUGAUUAA